CUCGCUCCUCCCAGCGCCAGGGCCGCCCGCCCGCUCGCGCGCCGCCGCUGAGUGCUAGGAAGAGUGUCCUCACCCGGCGCCCGUAGGGGAUCCCGGCCCGGGGGCUGUGCCCACGUGGUGCCGGCCGCCGAGCCCCAGCCUGGCAAGAGCCGCGGCCAGGUCCUCAGGGCGUCCGCGUGUGGACAAAGCCUCACCCGGGGCCGGGUGUCCAGUCCUGGGCGGCAGGUAUCGGGAGAAAGGGGGAGAAAUUGGAGCCAGUCCCGAGGAGAACAACACAAAGGAUGAAAGGUCUAGGAUACAUGACCUAGGAGGGAAGAGUGAGGAAGGCAGUGGUUUGCAAUGGCUGGGGAGAUGAGAGCAAUGGCUGCCAGUCAGGCAAAAAGACUGAAGAGCAGCAAUGAGGAGACAGAAAACCAAGAGGAAAAUGGACACCAAGACAAAAGAUUCAAGAAAAGCCAAGAGGACGUGGAGGAUCAGAACAAAAAAUUUCCCAAAAGGAAGAUUGUGCUGUUGAUGGCAUAUUCUGGGAAAGGCUACCAUGGGAUGCAACGAAACGUGGGGUCCUCGCAGUUCAAGACGAUUGAGGAUGACUUAGUAUCUGCCCUCGUUCGGUCAGGGUGCAUCCCAGAAAACCACGGUGAAGAUAUGAAAAAAAUGUCCUUUCAGAGGUGUGCGCGAACAGACAAGGGCGUGUCUGCCGCUGGACAGAUUGUGUCACUGAAGAUCUGGCUGAUAGAUGACGUUUUAGAAAAGAUCAAUAACUGUCUUCCUUCUCAUAUCAGAAUUCUGGGACUGAAAAGAGUCACUGGGGGAUUCAGCUCCAAGAACAAAUGUGAUGCCAGAACCUACUUCUACAUGAUCCCAACAUUUGCCUUUGCCCAUAAAGACCAUGAUAUCCAAGGUGAAACUUACCGACUGAGCAAAGAGACGCUUGAGAAAGUCAACAAGCUUCUUGCUUGCUACAAAGGGACCCAUAACUUCCACAACUUCACCUCUCAGAAGGGACCCAAAGACCCCAGUGCCAAACGGUACAUCAUGGAGAUGUACUGUGAAGAGCCCUUUGUGAGGGAAGGCAUGGAAUUUGCAGUGAUAAAAGUGAAAGGACAGAGUUUUAUGAUGCACCAGAUAAGGAAGAUGAUCGGUUUGGUGAUAGCUGUAGUGAAAGGCUAUGCACCGGAGUCCAUCAUGGAGCGCAGCUGGGGAGAGGAAAAGGUGGAUGUCCCCAAAGCUCCAGGGCUUGGGCUGGUCUUGGAAAAGGUGCACUUUGAAAAGUACAAUAGACGCUUUGGAAAUGACGGUUUACAUGAGCCACUGGAAUGGACGGAGGAGGAGGAGAAGAUCGCUGUUUUCAAAGAGCAACAUAUCUAUCCCACUAUUAUCAACACGGAAAGGGAGGAGCAAUCCAUGUUGAAUUGGCUGAGCACCCUCUCCAUCCAUGACUUCAAUGCCACUUCUUCAGGGGUACAAGUCAAUGAUAGAAACUCAAAGAGCAACGAUCUUGAAGGCAGUGAUGGUUGUGACGAUGACUCUGACUUUUGAGUCAGUAAAUAGCAGGAGCUGGGAUCUUUGCUGCUUGUGAUUCAGUUUGGGUAGAACUAAGUGGCCUUUCUAACUCCAGCAAUCCAGUAAAGCAGAGGUUUUCUUGCAUGCUGAAAACAAGUAGUCACAGAAGCCCAAAAGGAACUGGGGGGGAAUAAUGCAGCAGUGACCCUGAAAGUGACUGCGUACACCACUAACUGAUGCAUUGGAAUGUGGAAUACUUGAAAACUAAAAUAACAAAAAAUGUACUUUAUAAAGGAAUCUUGUUGUGCAGGAAUUGUUUUCAUUAUGUAAUUUGAAUUGUUUUUAUUACAGUAAAAGUGCUUAUAUGAUACAUACAGAUAUUUAAACAUGUGUAAUCUC